AUGUAUAAUCAUACAGAUCAUGCUACUGAGUUUACUCCUGAUGGUCAAACCACUGUCACCUGCGGUCGUUCUACUACCAACCCUGAUGGCUCUAAUGCUGCUGUCCCUCCUGGUGAUCCUGCCAUUCCUGAUGAUCCAACCACUGCCAAUGAUGGUUCUACUGAUAGCUUUAAUGCUGCUGUCCCUGAUGAUUUUGCUGACCGUGCAGCUUUCCCUGAUCAAUCUCAAGAUUGUGAUCAGGUGUUGAAGGAGCUUCUCUUUGAUGAGCAUCUUCUACGUUUAUGGAGAACUGGAGCUAGUCAGGAGUUGUAUCUUGCAGAAGAAGAUAAAGACUUCGAUAUGAAUCUGCUUUCACUUGGAGAAGGGGAGUAUUGUUUGAGUAAAGAUGUCGAUGUGUCCCUCUGGCUGGACUACAGAGCCUCAGUGAGCAAGGAACCUCCUCUCAGAGAAGCUUGGGAUUUUGUCAUCAUAAACGGCAAGCUGCAUGAUGAGUUUGAUGCCUUCAAGAAAGCAGAAGUACCACUCGGGACCAAUUAUGUUGAGAUAAAUCCAUUGCUCGAGUAUUACUCCCAUCAAAUCAAGAUUGAUUUGAAGAAGCUGAUCAGCCAUCGAUAUGGGAAGACCUACCUGCUGUUCACUAUAGCUCCCACAUAGAUGACCUUUGUCAGUGGAUCUACCAAUCGAAAAAGGCUUUCAAGCAGCAUGGACCAUCAAUCUUUCAGUUCAGAGACACAGGACGUGUCAAACGCCCAUUGUCCCCAGAUACCGAAAGAAGUGAAGCCAAGCACUGUAAACUGGACGAUGUUGGUAAUACAGAAUUCAGUGACACAAUUCCAGCACUAACAUGCUCCGAAUAUCACCUGCUGUCAGGUGGAGAUGAGUUAGAUGAUUGCAUCAUACAUACUGCACAGAUACUGCUGAAGAGUGACAAAGAUCUGUUACCUAUGGCUGGAAUACAAAACCCUAUCCUAGGUCAAAAUCUAUCGUUUCAAAUAGUAACAGGACAGGCAGUACAGGUUCUUCAUACUGGUGGCAAUCACUGGAUCACAAUAGGCACUAAUGGAAACAAAGUUAGGGUGUACGACAGUCUUUGAUCCAAGCGUUUGCCAUUUGAUAUCAAGGAACAAAUUGCAUCAUUGCUGCACUGUCAAGAAACAUCCUUUUCUUUGGAGUACGCAAAUGUCCAGGUGGGACGAUUUAUAAAAAAUCUGUUUAAUUAUGAUUAUAUAGAUAUACAUAUACUACAUGAUACUGCAUGGUUCUCAAUUAUAGAACUGUUUGUCUAUAAGUUAGCUACUGUUAUUAUUAUAUCCUGCUCAUGCAGGGGCAAACUAGCCUCGACUCCAGCCCCUUGAAUAGUGGGCCUGGUAUUUACUGUUGGCGCGUGGGUGGACAAUUAAUUUAUUAUUUACCGUAUUUUAUCUUAUUGAACGUUAAAACAGUAUUUUAUCUUAUUGUGAUAAAGAACAGAAAAAAGAAAAAGGAGAGGCUACCUCUCUGUAUAUACUGUAGACAGAGACAGCUAAGUAAAACAUCAGCUCUGUAGAUUUAUUCAUUAACUUGAGGCUCGGAUCGGAUACACACUCAGGCGACAAGUUAAUCUUAGUUAAACCUGUGGGUAAAAAAUAAAUGUGGAUAAGUACAGUGGCUGUGACGUAACAUAAUGUGAGGACUACUUAUUGAUUUACACAAUAGAUUUACCAUUGAAAGCACUGUCCAUUAAUACACACUCAAGCAACAAGUCCCUCGGAUCGGAUACACACAAGUCCCUCGGAUUGUAAACACAUUCAGGCCACACAGUUCUCGGACCAGAUACCACGUACUUACUCUGUGACCAAUUUUCGGCAAAUGUCACAACAAUACUUCCUUCCAGAGAGAAUGGCACUGAACGUCGAACAGACACACCAACACUUUGAAGAUGGCUUCACUCAGAGAAACAAGAGGAGAAAUCACCAUCACAACACUUCUUUCAGAGAGAGGUGCACUGGUCCUGUCAAGCUUCACAUCAAUCAAGAAAGGGAGUGUCUGGAAAGCAGAUGGACUUGCUCUGGGACUUGCCAUAGCCGGUCGGUACGGUACCCACAUAAACACCAGCGUACAGACACUUCAACGCCUCCAGCUGCUUGUCUUUCAAGACUAGACCUGGUUUUCCAACACAGGAUAACGCGUACGCGAGAGCAGAAGAGAAGGUAGCAGCCAUUACACAACUUGGACUAGAUUUCUUUUUUCAAUGACAUCAUUAUAAAUGAAA